AUGAACGCGGAUUGCGCGGGAUAUUACAACGCGGAGAGCGUGUUUGUCAGCGGCUUCACGUGCCCCAAACCCGACAGCGACGCGCGCGCGACAUUCUGCUGCGGGUUCAAUGACGUCAAAUACUGCUGCGACGAUCCCAACAGCUUUUUCCCAUAUGAAUAUGGAUACAUGUGGUGGCUUAGUUUGGGAGCUCUGGUUGGUUUGUCUAUUGCUGCUGUGGUGCUGCUAGCCUUCAUCAUCACUCUUUGUGUGCUUUGCUACCUGUUCAUCGCCACUAAACCCCGAGGGUUGGACAACGGACUGCCUCUAAGAGCACCAGGAUCUGGGGCCAGUCCUCAGGAGGGUCCGAGCCAAGCCAGCGCGCCGUCGGGACCGCAAGGUUUCCGCAAGCAUUUCCUAAGAGGCAAACUAGACUGUGACAACCAGCCGCCGGAUCCGGACCGGCUGUUCCAGCGCUGCUUCAUGGCUACGGUCACCACCAUCAAUGUAGAGGGACCUUCAUAAAGCCCUGGAGCUGAACAACAUCACCCAGGAGUCCUUUCAGUGGCUUUAGCCAAUCAUCAUGCGACUGAUGGAACAUUUUCAACGAUUCUGCUUUGAGGUUUU